CGGAACCGGAACCGGAACCGGGGGACUGGAAACGGGGCUGCGCCCAGCCCAGGCCGGCGAGGGGCCGAGGCUGGUUCCCGCUGCCCGGACCCGACCCUCCCCCGCAGGCGGCGGCGGCCCGGGGCCCCGGGAUCGGGGCCCCCAUGGCCUCCUCGGGGCCCCCCGGCUCCUGCUGCCCCCACGGGCCGGCCGUGCCCGGCGCGCACCAGACCGCGGCGGAGAUGGACUUCGAGCGAGGGGUCUGGUCGGCCGCCCUGGACGGGGACCUGGGGCGGGUCCGGAGGCUCCUGGUGGAGAAGCGGGUGGACCCCAGCCAGCCCGACCUGGCCGGCUACACCGCCCUGCACUACGCCAGCCGCAACGGGCACGGAGCCGUCUGCCAGUUCCUGCUGCAGAGUGGGGCCCGGUGCAACGCCCAGACCCACGGUGGGGCCACCGCCCUGCACCGAGCCAGCUACUGCGGCCACGUGGACGUGGCCAGGCUGCUGCUGGCCCACGGAGCCGACCCCGGCAUCGUGGAUGACGACGGCAUGACAAGUUUGCAUAAGGCCGCCGAGCGAGGCCACCGUGAGCUCUGUGAGCUCUUGCUGCGGCACAGCCCGGGGCUGAAGGGCGUCCGGGACAGGAGGGCCAGGAGUGCACGUGACCUGGUCCCCGGCAGCGGUGCCUUGCGGGACCUCCUGGAGCCCUGAGGGCAGCGCGUGGCGGGGUGGCGCCGCCCCAGGGCGCUCUGUGCUUUGUCUCCCCCUCUUGGCCCGCUGCGGGAUUGCGGCCGGUGCUGCCAUUGGGCCCUCCGGCCGCAGGCCUCUCCCGAGCUGUCCCUGUGCGUGCAGCCCUGGGGUGAUCUGGGCGCGCGCCCCACUGGGCGACUGCUCUGGGGAGCCUGCGGCGGGAGAGGGGAACGGGCACAGCUGGGCAGGGAAAAGGAGGGAACCGCUAUAAACCCUGUACGUGUCACUGGCUGCGGGGAGCCAUGUUCGGGGGCUGAGAUCAAGGGGAGUCCAGCGAGACGGCAGGACACCCGGAGCCAGGGGGCUCCCGACGAGCUGACCUGGUCUCCGCAGGCAGGGAAGAGGCUGCCAGCUCCGCUCUCAGGCAGCUGCAGUGGCUGGCGGCGGGGUGGGCCUCUGGGGGGCAGGGGCCUGUGUCCAGCCCUCUGCGUGAGCCAGGCACCACUGCCCAGGCCUGAGCCAGGCUCCCAGGGCCACACGGCUGGCGGGAAGCUGAGGCAGCCAUGUUGGUUGUGGGCAUUGAGAGACAGGCGUGGGCUGGUCCCCUGUGCUGGGCACCACGGACCCCGUCCGGCAGGGGCUGCAGGCUCACAUCCCCUGGGAGGAGGAGUCUGGCUGGGGUGAAGGCCGGUGGCCUGCUCCGUGCCCAGAGCAGAUGGCAGCACGGUGCCAGGCCAGAAAUCCCAGCAGACACUGCCUGGCACCGUGGCUAGGGCUGCCGUGGGCUCCUCUCUGUGUCUGCAACCCUGAGCUGCGGGAGAUGGGGGGCUCAGAUAGGUUGUCCCCCUUCGCGGAGCUAUUUCAGUCCUUGGUACUGGGCUGGGGAACCGGAGCCCCCCAAGGAUCUGGUGCCAGGAUGUCGGGCUUCCCCACCAUUAACUCUUCCCCACCUAGUCCCCUGCCAUGUCCAUGUGUCCCGAGGGGCUGGUCUCUGGGGUCCUGCCCUCUGCUGAGGAAGAUAGGUUAGUGCCCACCCCUGCCUUGUGUUGCCCGCUCCUCUAUCCCCUUGCUGUUCUGCCCCGCUCCACCCCCUCACCGCCUCAGCAGGAAGCAGGCUGGGGGUGGGGUCCUGCAAACAUAUCUUCCCCACUUGCUCACAGCUGGACUGGAGGGGACCAAAGGGGAAAAAGGGGGAGGGAAGCCCAGACCCCUCCCCAUCUAUUGCACAGUGAUCUGACUGGGGGCAGGGUGGCUUCUUCUACGCCCCCCUCCCCAUGCUAAAGGAACCCCCCCAACCGUAGGCCCACAGAGAGCCACCCCUCCCACCCAUCCCCAG